UAGGCGGAUGCCGUGGAAGAAAGAAGCUUGCCUAUAGUGCGGAUUAUCAGUGGUGCUGGAGAGUUCUCGCCGUCUGCUUGCUCCAGCCAGAACGUGACUGCAAACCUUUUAUUUAUUUCGUUAGAUAGCUAGCUACAUUUGAAUCCCCUUCCCGAACAAGAUGUAACUCACUAGCUACAGUACGUAAACACUCUUUUGAGAAUACUCGUCCAUUUUUUAUAAAUCGGGAGCGUGAAUGACACGCUGUUUUGCUAAUGGAAGGUAUUGUGAAUUAUUUCGAGUAUGUUACGCCGAAGUGAUUUUUUGUUUUGUUUUUUUCUAUUCAUCGUGGAUCUUUGAUUUGGGAUUUACCAACAAAUCAAGGCGGUUCUCCGUGAAGGAAAUACAGGACGGGAAGAACGCACGCUUAACUAUAAACCGGGGAUUUAAAUCGUGUUUGGUGUGCUCCAAGAAAACAGAAAGGAAGAAAAAUUCAUGUGGCGAUUCUCUCUUUAACAAAUACAGUUUUGGAUUGCAGAAUGAGCAAAGAAAGACCCAAGAGGAAUAUCAUCCAAAAGAAAUACGAUGACAGCGAUGGGAUCCCAUGGUCAGAAGAGCGGGUGGUGCGCAAGGUGCUGUACCUGUCCCUCAAAGAGUUCAAGAGCGCACAGAAGAGGCAGCUGGGGGACGGCCUCUCCGACGGAACCAAAAACGCCAACGGUUCCCUGGCGAACGGCCAGCUGAACGGAUCCGGGCCCAAAGGAGACGGCAAAGACGGGGGGUCGCGAGGGUCGUCGCAGAGCACCGACGGCAGCAGCGACUGCUCCGAGGAGGGACCGGUCAAGAAGAGGCCCCGGCUGCAGGCCCAGAGGAAGUUCGCCCAGUCGCAGCCCAACUCGCCCAGCACCACCCCGGUGAAGGUGGCGGACGCGGCGCUGCCCGCCCCGGCCUCCCAGAUCACGGACCUCUCCAAGCGCAAGCCCAAGACCGAGGACUUCCUGAGCUUCCUGUGCCUGCGAGGUUACUGUACGUGGCUCAAUGAAGGCUCGCCGGCGUUGCCCAGCAACAUGGCGUACUUCGGGAGCUCCCAGGACGAAGACGAGCUGGAGGACGAGGAGGAGUGCGAGGAGGUGAAGGCCGCGGCCAGCGUGGCGUCCACGUCGUGCCAGUCCACGCCGCGGAAGGGCAAGCCCCCGGGGAGGCCGACCGUUAACGGACACGUUUUCAACGGCCACAGCAAAGCGGUGCGGGAGAGGGACUCCGCCCCCAGGCACAGGGGCAAGGAGGCCACUCCGGGGAAGGAGAGGAGCGACAGAGCGGAGGGGCGGAGGGAGCAGUCCGUCAACGCCACAGCCAGCAGCUUCCCCUACAGGCGGUCCGCAGAGGAGCUCCGCAAACAGGUCUCGAAAGUGAACGGACUCACGCGGGCGUCGUCCGCGCACGCGCCCAGUGCCAAAAAAACGAAAGACUUCCGACUGCCGUCCAAAACUGUGAAGUACACAGCCACCGUGACCAAGGGCCACGUCACCUACACCAAAGCAAAGCUGGUCAAGAAAACCAAACUCAUCCACGGCAAGCACCACAGCGGCCACCACCUCCACCCAAACAGCAGCGCCCCCCAUCGCCUCCACCUCUCCAACUCAGGAAAAGCCCAGAGUAGCAAUGCAAAAACUCGCAAACAGGUGCUAUUGUCCAACGGGGUGCACAAGAUGGCCGACGGGGCCGGCGUGCGGGUCAACGGCAGGCUGAACGGCCGGCCGCGUGCCAAGGAGGAGGAGGAGGAGCCGGGCCGGCGGGGGCGGGAGGGCCUCCGAAACUCCAAACGGCGCCCGGAGGCGGCGGAGUGCGGGUCCAAGGGGAAGCCCCUCCCCCUCCCGGCCGUCAGCGCCAAGAAGGCCAAGGUCCAGGCCGUCCCCGUGGAGACGCGGAGCAAGAAGGUCGUCCAGGAGAGGGCGGCCGCCAUGUCCAACGGGCACGUCGUCCCGCCGACGCCUCCGCCUGCCCCUCAAAUCGCCCCUAACCCCGCCUCUCAGACUGUCCCUAACUCCGCCCCUAGCCCUGCCCCUCUGCACCAGCGUCCCCGGCGGUCCACAGCCGGCAGGCUGAUGUUCAACAGACAAGCACAGCAGCACCGCGCGCCGGCCGCCGCCCCCCCCGCCCCCGCCCCCGGCCCGCCCCCGGCGGAGAGCCGCCUCACUACCUCAGCCAGCGAGCCCGCCCCCGCCCCCGCCCCGCACAGACCAGCAGAGCCUAAGGCCGAGAGGGAGAGGAGCAGGGCGGGCUGGGCCUCCCUGACGGAGGUGCCGGCCUUCCGGCCCGGCUCGCGGGAGUUCCAGGACCCCCUGGCCUACUUGGACUCGGUGCGGGCGCAGGCGGAGCCGUACGGGCUGUGCCGGGUGGUGCCGCCGGCGGACUGGCGGCCCGAGUGCAAGCUGAAGGACGAGAUGCGCUUCGUCACCCAGGUGCAGCACGUCCACAAGCUGGGCCGGCGCUGGGGCCCCAACGUCCAGCGGCUGGCCUGCAUCAGGAAGCACCUCCAAUCUCAGGGCAUCGCCAUGGAGGAGCCCCCCCUCAUCGGAGGCUGCGAGCUGGACCUGGCCCGCUUCUUCCAGCUCAUCAACGACAUGGGCGGCAUGCAGCAGGUGACGGACCUCAAGAAGUGGAGCAAGCUGGCGGACCUGCUGCGCGUGCCCAAGUCCGCCCAGGACCGGCUGGCCAAGCUGCAGGAGGCCUACUGCCAGUACCUGCUCUCCUACGACUCCCUGUCGCCCGAGGAGCACCGGCGCCUGGAGAGGGAGGUGCUGGCCGAGAAGGAGGGCCUGGAGCGGCGCAAGGGGCCCCUGGAGGGCCACUCGGAGAGCGCCCAGCGCUCCCUGUCGCUGCCGCGCUACGAGCCCAAGAACGGCCUGGUCAACGGCGUGGUGCACCGGAACGGCUUCCGCGGCCGGCUGAAGGAGCUGGGCUCGCAGCUCGCGGCCGGCCGCCGGAGGCUGUUUGCUCAGGAACGCAAGGAGGCGGAGGAGGGGGAGGAGGAGGAGGGGGAGGAGGACGAAGACAGGGGAGUUCUCAGCGACCAGCACAAGUGUAUAUACAAGGGGAGAUCGGUGUCUCUGACGACCUUCUUCAGGACUGCCAGGAAUACCAUGAACAUGUGCUUUAACAAGGAGCCCAGCGCCGCUGAAGUCGAGCAAGAGUACUGGCGAAUAGUGGAGCAGAAGGACUGCCAUGUGGCAGUGCAUUGUGGGAAAGUGGACACGAACACGCACGGAAGCGGCUUCCCCGUGGGGAAGUCGGAGCCGUUCUCAAAGCAUGGAUGGAAUCUCACGGUCCUUCCCAAUAACUCCGGAUCCAUCCUGCGUCAUCUUGGUGCUGUGCCGGGAGUGACCAUUCCCUGGCUGAACAUUGGCAUGGUGUUCUCUACCUCAUGCUGGUCCCGUGACCAAAACCGCCUUCCAUACAUUGAUUACUUACACACUGGUGCUGACUGCGUUUGGUAUUGUGUUCCUGCUGAGGAGAAAAGUAAGCUUGAUAAAGUGGUGCACACGCUGCUCCAGGCCAACGGGACCCCGGGCCUGGAGAUGCUGGAGAAGAACAUCAUGAUCUCGCCGGAGCUUCUGAGCCGCGAGGGGAUCAAGGUGCACCGCACGGUGCAGAAGAGCGGCCAGUUCGUCGUCUGCUUCCCGGGGACCUUCGUGUCCAAGGUGUGCUGCGGGUACAGCGUGUCGGAGACCGUGCACUUUGCUACCACCCAGUGGAUGGACCUGGGAUACGAGGCUGCUAAGGACCUAAAAUGGCGGCGCAUUGCGAAGCCCUUUUCCAUGGAGAAGCUGCUGUACCAGAUCGCCACCGCCGAAUCCAAACGCGAGAACGGACACGUUCUGAGUACAAUCUCCGCUCUUCUCAAAGAUCUCAGGGAUAUGGAGAUGAGACAGCGGCAGGAGCUGUACCAGGCCGGGCUGCUGUCCUCCGCCCGCUACGGCACGCACGACGCCAGCCAGCCGCCCGGCGAGGGCAGGAAGAAGCCGCGCAAGUGGCUGGCCCUGGAGUCGUCCGAGCGCCGCUGCCAAAUCUGCCAGCACCUCUGUUACCUCUCCAUGGUGGUCCAGGAGAACGAGAACGUGGUCUUCUGCUUGGAGUGCGCGCUGCGCUACGUGGAGAAACACAAGUCUUGCCGCGGGCUCAAGAUGAUGUAUCGCUACGAUGAGGAGCAGAUCAACAGUCUGGUGAGCCAGGUGUGCGGGCGAGCCGCGGUGAGGGGCGGCGGCGGCGAGCACUGCAACGGCGUGAGCAUCGGCCGAGCGCCCGCCAAGCGCGGGCCUCGCAAGCGCGCCACCGUGGAGGUGUCGCUGUCCCGCCUCUCCUCCGCCCACCUGUCCAAAAGCGCUAUGAGCUCCUCAUGAAGAUGCCAAGAAAGUCCCCGCUUUUAAACCUUUUUUAUUUUAUUUCAUUUUUUAAAUAACUUUUGGUUUCAUUUUAUCGCCCCGCUUCCCCACGUCCUCUACCUUCCCCCUUAGUAUGAAGAGCCCGCUGUAGAAAGCGGGUUCUUUUUUUUUGCACUAGCUCGAGAGAAGAUUUUUGUUUUUGUUUUGUUUUUUUUUUUUAGAGGUUUUUUUUUUGUUUGUUUUGUUUUCGUGUCCGUCUUAGCAUUAAAACGAAACGUUCGCACGUGUAAACGCGUCCUACACCUGCUGAACUGACGCUGCUCUGUGAGGUCAAAGGUGACUUCCUUCAGUUUAGCCCCGCCUCCCUCCCUCCCUCCCUCAUCAGCCCCUAUGACUGCACGCACGGUCGUCUGGAUCCGUGAGCCAACGGAGGAAAGGAAAACUCCCGAUCAGCAGGAAAAAAAUUUUUAAUGUUUUUUUUUUUUUUUAAUUUUUAAUUAGUUUUAUUUCUCGAUUGGUUGAUUUUAAUCUCUGUAAGCAAGCAAGCAGCUAUUUUUGUGGGAGCACGGUGGCGGUCGGGAGAGAAGACAUUUUGGUUCACCUGCGUUUUUACCAGCUUGAUUUUUUUAUUCUUGAUUUUAACCAAGCGGAAGUGUUCUCAUUCUCCAUUUUCUUCCCUCGGGGGGGGCGGAGGUGGAGAGAAGACCAGGGCUGUCGAGUUCAGAAUAUCUCUGUGUAGGACGGGGGGAGGUGACCCGUGCUCGCCUCCGCACCGGUUAGGAAUGAAGGGAGAGAGGGGCUGAUGUAUGCCUCCUUUCCUAGUGUGUGAAAACUGUGCCUGAUUCUUAGUAGGAAAAUCCACAUUGUUUUUGGUGCUGUUGGGUAUUACUGUAUAUCAAAUGACAAAAAAAGAGAAACGCGGAUUUCUAGCGUUUCUUUUCAACGGGACGGGAAGGCCGCGAGGCCUGUUCCGUUCCAGAUGUGCAAUCGUAUUGACAUUCCAUAUUCCUCAUCCUGUCGUUUCAUUUGUACCAGUAAGCAUUAAUUAUUAUUAUUAUAUUAUUUUCUGUGUUUUUGAUCCAUAUUUUUUUGGUCUGAUGUGCUAUCACAAGUAGAGCCACUAGUCAAAGGUUGUAAAAUGUGAAAAUCCAAGUUUUUUGCUUUCCCCCCCAUCCCCCUUUUGAGUUUUCACUUUUCCAGAUGUACUAUGAAUGAUUAAAUACAAAACCACGAAAUCAACUAAAAACAACUUUUGUACAUAUUCCUGUAAAUUUCUUUAAAUACUUGAGCCUUUUUUGUGGGGGGGUGGGGGUGGGAGUGAGAGUGGGGGGGUGGGGGGUGGAAAGAUAGAUGAAGAAAAAGCCUUACAUUUUUUGUUUCUUCAUCUGUGUGCGUUUGAUGCUACAGGGUUGCUCUUGUAACAUUUAUAAAUAAGUGCUGCUUACAUCACUGAAAAAAAAAGAUAUCGAGUAGCGGGGGCCCCUUAGUUUUUUUAGCUUUACUUUUUUAAAUAAAAGGGAAAAAUUCAUUCACGAAAAAAGGUUUUUACAUUUUCAUUACUGAAAAUUCAACAACGUAGUAGCUACUCAUGUUGCACUGAGCUUGUUGGAGGUGACUGUCAAGACCACCUAUAAUCCAGUUUGUUGGUUGUUGUCCUUCACAGAAGACUGAACUGUUUUAGGAGUAUUUAAUGAAAACCCGAGUUGAGUGUUUUCAAAAAAACCUGAAAAAAUACACAAAAAAACAAAACGUGGUUGUCGAGUUUUUAUGACCUUACGGUGUACUCUGAGUUGUUUUCCUUUUUCUACAGUAAAACUAUUGCUUACAGUCUGACCUUUUAUUUAUUGGCUUUGACCCUCUGGCCUUUUCUUGCCAUGUGGAAAGGUUCAUACCGGCUUUUGCCAGGUUUUAUUUUUUUUUGUUUUUGUUUUUUUUUUUGUUUUUUUACUUUUCGAGUUUGUACUUUUAAGGUUUAAUAAAAACUUACAGACAUUU